CUUCUUGCAGCUUGUUUCACGAACCAUUCGUUGGUGUUGUGAGAAGUGGCCCAUGAAGGGUCCAAAGCUGUACCAAAAUGGAGCAUGGUGCUAUAUUGGGAAACAAGCACUUGACCUGAUUCUCAUUUGUGAAAUGCGUUUCAUCAAGAUUACUGUGAGACAGAGAAAGGCCUUAAUGGAAAAAGUGCAAGAAGUGGCCAAACAUGUGCGUGAGUUUGUGGAACAAACUUUACAUGAAUUGCCACAAGAACUACUAUACCUGAGAGGACUGCAGUACGAGACAUGUGUGGCAUGGCCCUAUUGUCAUCCAGAGUCAGAUGAGGAUAGCCAGGAGUGUGCAAUCCAUGGAAAAGUCUCCUGCACACACGAGGACUGUUUCCACCUACUUAAAAUAGAACAAGACCAAGCGUUGAUUUGUUUUAAGAAAGUUUGCUUUGAAGAACGUACUGUCCGUGGAAUGGAGAGGUGGUUUUCAGAGGGAGAAAGCCAGGAGUCCAAUCCAUCUAGUGAAAUUUGUACAUCACAAAGGUCUAUACAAAAAAAAUAUUAUGUAAAACAAGGCACACCAACGAAUCUUGAAUUGGAAAUGUUAGCCGCCCAAAUUGGCGAAAAGUGGGGGUCGCUUGGGCGUCGCCUGGAGGUCGAGGAUGCAAAACUAGAGGAUAUAGAACAAAGCCACCGGCGGCUGAACGAUAGAGCAUAUGACAUGUUAAAACACUGGAAACAGAAGGAAGGUUGCGAAGCAACAUACCAAAUUUUGAAUGGUGCAUUACAGGACGAACUUGUGCAGCGCAAAGACUUGGCAGAAAAUAUUGUUGCCACCAAGGUCAUACAAAAAAGAGAAGACUCGAAGAUGACAGUUUCCCCUGUCAGGAAGAAGAGACUUCUAAAAGGCUGAAAGAAGAUUAAUGUUGCGAAACAGACGAGCUGUCAAGCGUGAAACCAUUCAAAGUACUCGUCAACUGGAGCCUGCUAUCCUCGAAAUAGAGAAGUACAGCCGUCCAGUUUAAAAGUCCAGCGGUCCCCGACCAGAAGAGAAUGCGCUUGGAGAUCUUCGUGAACAAGUGAAAAGUGAUGAUCUCGAAGACCAAAACAAUAUGAUCAAUAAAUUGAAAUAAAAAUGAAAAUAAAAUAAAUGAAAGAGAAUUUAUUUUCUCGAUAGAUGGAAUCGUUGAUUGCGAGGAAGACCAGGCAUCUGUAAAAAACGCGCUUUAAGUAAUAGUUCACGUUUGAAGUAUUUAGUCUAGCAGUUCAGUUUUGAAAUAAUGUCAGUAGCUGUACUCGUAUAGGCUUACAUUAUAUACGGCUGGUCACCAGAAAGUAUCAAAAUUGAGAUAGAGAUUACGGAGGGGUGUAUCAGAAAGAGGAAA